AUGUCUGCGAAUCAUCCUUAUCACAGGCUUCAACUGCCUCCCGAUGUAUCAUUCGAGGUAAAGCCCUCGCCGGGCAGAGGAUGGGGUGCCUUCGCAACAAAACCCAUCAAACGAGGAUCGUUGAUCUUGUGGGAAAAGGCCCUCUUCGUUAUUCCUAAGUCAACUCCUGAAGUCAUGGAAGUUGACGUCCUUACAGCCUUUUCGCAACUAUCGCCAAAGGAGAAAACACAGUUUCUCCUACUUCGAGACAAUGGCUCAAAAGAAUUCAAAAGCUGGUUUGAUGUUUUAGCCGAGAACUGCUUCUCCAGUGCGGACGAUUCUCCAGCCUACGGGCUGUAUACCCUUAGCUCGCGAUUCAAUCACUCAUGUGUGCCCACCGCGAGAUUUCCAACCACAUCGGAGCCGUUCAUCGAACUUCACGCCACUAAGGAUAUUGAGGCUGGCGAAGAGAUACGUUUUUGUUACGAUCCAGACCUGAAAGCCAACACCAAAUAUGAGCGUCACCAGUUCCUGGGCUUUGUGUGCGACUGUAGAGCAUGUCUGCCUGGAACUUCGUUCCAAGCAUCCAGCGGCCUGCGACGACGAUUGAUUCGCGGGCUACUCUACAUCACGAGAGGUGUGGACUUGGACGGCAAGGUACAAAUCUCGCAGUCACCGCUGAUUGUCGAUCCCAAAGUCAAAGCUGUUGCGGAAGCACGGAACAUACCUCUCACGUCGAGGAUGGUCCUUCACCUCCUAACAGUUGUCUUGCUUGAAGAAGAAGGAUUGCUGGAUGAUUGGGCCGUCAAAAUAAUCGAACCAGGUGUGGUGAAACCGGUGGCCUUAUUCCUCUCAGAAUAUAACCACGAAAUUGGUGAGCUGGCUCUGACCCGGGACACAUGGCUGAAGAAGCUACAAGUGGCAUUCGAACUAUAUGGACGAGCAGAUCCUGCUGACAAGAUUAUAACACGAAUGUUUCAACUUAUGGGCCAAGUGUGCCCAGAGCGGGUUAUGAUCUGCCAUAUUACGACAAGAUUGAAUUCGACAAUGGUUGGCUCAUCGUUCCCCCUGCAGGCCACCGCUUAUCCAACGCCCUGGUCUUCCUAG